AUGACUUACGAUUCGUCCAUAGACUCUACUCCCAAAGCCACCGAUUCCCAAGAGUCCGAGGCACCCCAAACCUCCCGGCUCCGUUUUCACGGCCAUGGCGACGAAAUCGUGAUUAUUGAUAACAAGAAGUACUUUCGCCACGAGCUCAUGGAGGCAUUUGCCGGGACAUUGAACCCUGGUUUGGCUCCGUACCCCAAGCACCAGUUCGGAAAUGCUAGUGCGGUGGGAUUGGCGUCGUUCGCCAUGACCACCUUUGUGUUGGGCCUAUACACUGCUGGAGCCCAGGGAGUCAAGAUCACAAACGUGGUUGUUGGCUUGACGUUCUUUUAUGGAGGAGUGGUCCAGUUUCUAGCAGGAGUCUGGGAAAUGGUCAUUGGUAACACGUUCGCUGCAACCGCGUUUGUGAGUUAUGGAUCAUUCUGGCUCUCUUAUGGUGCCAUAUUUGUCGAGAGUUUUGGAAUCGCCAAAGCGUAUGCUGAUGAUCCGGUUCAGAUGGGAAACGCCGUGGGGUUCUUCUUGUUGGGCUGGGCCGUAUUCACCUUCAUUAUGCUCCUAUUGACCCUCAAGUCUACGGUGAUGUUCAUCGCAUUGUUCCUGACUUUGGACAUGGCCUUCAUCCUUCUUGCGGUAGCCAACAUGACUGGAUCUGCUUCUGUUACUAAGGCCGGUGGUAUAUUCUGUGUGAUCACCGCAUGCUGUGGCUGGUACUGUGCUUUUGCUGGUGUUGCAACCAAGCAGAACUCCUAUUUUAUUGCUAAUCCUAUACAAGUUCCUGUAUUUGGAUGA